AUUGCGAGCAGCUGCGCACGCGACCAAAUGGCGUUCCUGCGUCGCUGUGACGUAGCACGACCCGUCUAAUCUACCUCGUAUGCCUAUGCUCCAUCUCCAAUUCCCCGAUCCUCAUCGCCAAUCCCGUCCCCAACCAAGACACGUUGAAACAGAAACGCCACGCCGUCUAUUCUAGCUUCUAGAUUUGCGUGAUAAUCCCUUAGACUAAGCAUGACUGGCGUUCUCUUGUUUGCUGCAUGCUCAAUUUCAAGAUAUCGACCAUGCGAUCUGCUACAUUCAUCCGUACUGGAGAACCCCAUCCCAUCCUCUCCCAUGCAAUGGACCCAUAUAACCCCCGAUUGCCCUGACCCAGAUCUCUUUCUCUUCAACAUGCAUCCUGGUCUCUGAUCAUUCUCUUCUCUCUCUUUUUGACACACUCUCCACUGCCCGAUUCUCCAUCAUGGGGACCAGCAGUUCUGACCUCGCGAUCCCCUUCGUCGGAGCCCUGCAGGCGUCCGUAUCGGUACUACUCACCAUCUUCUACGGUGUUCUGGCCGCGCAAUUCAAGCUUCUGUCCAGCAAUGGCGCAAAAGAGGUGUCGAACACAUGCGUGCGGAUGUUUCUGCCUGCGCUCUUGAUCUUCAAGGUGGGGUCUGAACUGCAGCAAGGCACCGCGAUUCGAUACGUGCCGAUAUUGAUUUGGGCACUAUUCUACAACCUCCUAUCCGUCGGCAUUGGCGUCGUAACGACAAAGGUCCUCAAACUACCCAGCUGGGCCACCCCAGCCCUCGCCUUCAACAACACGACGAGCCUCCCACUCCUCCUCAUUCAGUCCCUAGAUGCCACGGGAAUCCUAGACCUCAUCCUCACAGAUGGCGACAGCUCCUCGGAAGCCGUCAAGCGCGCGCAAUCCUACUUCCUCAUCAACUCCAUGGUAUCGAACUCCCUGACCUUCGCCCUGGGACCUCGACUCCUCCGACCAGGCGACGAAGACGCACCCGACGACGACGAAACCUCCGACUCAGACGACAACAACAACGAUGACGACGAAGAGGAACAAAGCAACCUCCUCCCCGGCGAGCUCAUCGACGAAGAAACCUCGCUCCUCCCCUCCCGCCUCGUCCACCACACCAACCACCACGCCCGCAAAACCUACCUCACCACCAACAAGCGCUUCCAACGCCUCCCCCCCUGGUCCCAAAGCACCCUCACCUUCCUCUACGAAUUCGCCAACGCGCCGCUCCUCGGCGCCCUCGCCGGCGCCUUCAUCGGCCUCAUCCCCGCCCUGCACCGCCUCUUCUUCAACGAAUUCACCCACGGCGGGUACGUCAACGCAUGGCUGACGACCUCGAUCAAGAACAUCGGCGACCUGUUCGCGUCGCUGCAGAUCAUCGUCGUGGGCGUGAAGCUCAGCCAGUCCAUCCGCAAGAUGAAGCGCGGCGAGGACUCCGGCCCCUUCUCGUGGACGAGCUUCGUUUUCAUAACGCUGGUGCGCUUCGUCGUUUGGCCUUUGAUAUCCAUCCCCUUCAUAUACGCCCUCUGCACCCGGACAUCCCUCCUCGACGCCGACCCAAUGCUCUGGUUCGCAAUGAUGCUGAUGCCGACGGGGCCGCCCGCCAUGAUCCUCGUCGCGCUGGCCGACGUAAAUGGGAGUCCCGAGCGGGAGAAGAUGGCGAUCGCGAAGUUUCUGACUGCGAGUUAUGCUGUCACGCCGUUGAUAUGCUUUGCUGUCGUCGGGGCGCUGAAGGCGGGGGAGGCGGCGGUGGGACGGUAGGAGGUGUGAUCGUUGUUGAAGUAGAUCUAAGAUUUAGUAAAUUGUGUUUUUACACCAGUGUCUAUCGUAUGUGUGCGCCUAUGGCUUUGUGGUCUGUUGAAUUCUCCAAGCGUGAGAUGUGUGAAUGGCUGGUUCCGUUUCGAUGUUAGACUUUUGGAUUUCGGUGUAGAUGGCAUGGAGUUGCG